CAUAAAGAGACGUCACGGAUUCACUUUCUUUCUUCAAUGAGUAUUUCUUCAGCUUGAGCUCGUUCGACAGCUUUGCGCCCUCCGCCAUUCAGGAUUGCAGCUUCGCAGAUCGUCUGCUGCUAUCGAAUUCAGGAGGCUUAUUCAAUCGACCCCUCUCAGGAACAAUAUGGAUCAGAUGAUGGGUGGAGGUGAUGGAGGAAUAGGUGGACAGGCUGGAUUUCCGCUGGAGACCUGGUGGUGGGAGAUGCCAUUAUGUACUAGAUGGUGGACCACAGCUACUGUUCUAACAAGCGCUUUGGUGCAAUGCCAAAUCGUCACUCCGUUCCAGCUCUUUUACAGCUUCCGCGCUGUUUUUGGAAAGUCUCAGUAUUGGCGAUUACUUACGACCUUCCUCUACUUCGGUCCUCUAUCUCUUGAUCUCGUCUUCCACGUUUUCUUUCUCACUCGAUACUCUCGAUUACUUGAAGAGUCCUCCGGUCGAUCACCGGCGCAUUUUUCUUGGCUCCUGCUCUACGCAACGACAUGCUUGAUAUGCUUGUCUCCGUUGGUGUCUAUGCCAUUCUUGGGUCAUCCUUUAUCUUCAACACUGGUUUACAUAUGGUCGAGACGAAAUCCGGACACACAAUUGAGUUUCCUCGGCCUGCUAGUUUUCACAGCGCCCUGGCUGCCGUGGGUUCUGAUGCUCUUCAGCUUGGUGGUUCAUGGCAUGAUUCCGAAAGAUGAGAUUAUGGGAGUAGUGAUUGGCCACGUCUGGUAUUUCUUUUCAGACGUCUGGCCACCACUUCACAGUGGUCAGAAACCCCUUGAUCCACCUAUGUGGUGGAGGAGACUGUUUGAAGGCAGACCAAGAGAAGAGACCGUGGAUGAAGUCAACAACGAGAUUGCGGUUGCGGCCGCUCCGGAAGUAAGAUAGGUGUGCAUUGGUUUUGGGAAGCAUACAAGGGUACGGCGUACAUGAGCAUGAGACGCGGAGUCUUGAAUAAAGAUGCGAGAUGGCUUUUAUGGUUGAGGCGUUUACAGUGUGUACUUUGAUACCAAAUUCAUUUCUUCGACAGGGACUUGCUCUUACCAUCGACAGAAUAUCCUGAACUUGAUGGAAGCUGCCGUAGUACUUGGAAGUCCUUGGAUCAUAGAGACGUUCCAUUGCUUUUCAUAGAGUCUAUGCCGAGGCCGAAUUAUGGGCAAAGGGAGAAGAUUGUCUACGGAAAUUUUCCGAUAUGGGCACAACCCCACCGAAGCAAGUCUUCCAAGCUAUUGUAAAUGUUAGUUUCCAGGUUGGUCAAGGAAAUAGUCUCAGAGGUCGCAUGGGGAGCAAUUAUCAGAU